AUGGACCUGAUCGACCAGCCGAGCUGGGCACACGCUCCAUCUGCGCCCGCGGCAGACCCAAGUGUGUCGGAGAAUGUCCGCGAGAGAGAAACAUUCAAAUACGAUUCCCUCGGAUGGACGUCCGCGAACCUCAAUGACCCGCAUGAUCCCGUGCCACCUGCCAUACUAUCUUCGGCGGCAGACUCGAGCCUCACCGCAUAUGCACAGCUCGCCGUACACAGGCUCAAUGCAAAGCGAUCCCUGAUCUCGCUGUUUGAUCGCGACCGCCAACAUGUUGUUGCCGAGGCCACACGUUCGUCUCCGCUGGGCGCCCGCGAGCGCUGCAGGCGCCCAAGCAUAACAGAAGGGGAUCAGCAGCCCGGCUGUGAGGUCGAUGGCGGAGACGAUGGCUUCUGGCUGUGUGGAACGGCGAUCCCGCGAUCCUUUGGCAUAUGCGAGCACGUCCUCGUUUCGUCGGCCAGUCGAUCUGCUGACGUAGCAACAGACCCGGAGUAUGACUCCGGCGCCGGCGACGACUUGCCUGUAUCUGUUGUGCCUGACUUGGCGUCCGAUGGGCGAUUCCACAACAGACCGUAUAUUCAGGGACGUCCAUUCAAUAAGUUCUACGCAGGUGUUCCCAUACGAAGCCCAGGACCAGACGGCGUGAACAUCGGGGUGUACUGCGUCUUCGACACGAAACCGCGGCCGCAAGGGCUGAACAGUGACGAGAUCAAAUUCAUGCGGGAUAUGUCGCGGACGAUCAUGGGAUAUCUCGAAUAUCGUACCUCGUACAGCAAAUACCGCAGGUCUGAGAGGAUGGUCCGAGGCAUGGGCAACUUCGUCGAGGGCUCGGACUCGCUUGAUCCUGUCAUCGACGGGCCGACUCGCGGGCUUGGGCGCGCGAGCAAGCGGGCAUCGAGGCUUGUAAUCUCUGCUGAUAUCACAGAAAGCGUCAAGAGGAAGGAAGAAAUUCUAGCCAAGGGCGGCCGGCCGGCAUUGUUGCCCCUCAGCACCGCUUGCGGGCCCCAAGUCGUUGAAGGAGAAGCUGGUCAAUCGCCCGGCGUGCGAAACCCCCCUGUGUCGGCGACGGAGCCUUCUCCGGGCAGCAAGAGUCCGUCGCUGGAAACCCAGACCAUCAUCGUGCCAGUGGUCGCCAGCUCUAAGGCCUCGUCGACUUUGGCCCCUGAUGAUUCCUCGAGGUCGUCGACGCCGCGGCCCGAUUCGCGACACUCCGCGGCGAGCACGAGCACCCAGCAGCCCGCCGUCGCACAGGUCAGCUCAGCCGACCUGCAACUAGCCGAGUCGAGCCGGGUGUUCGCGAAGGCAGCGAAUAUAAUUCGCCAGGCUGUCGAGGUCGACGGUGUCUUGUUCCUCGACGCUACUGUGCGCUCCUUCGGUGGUCUAGUAGGACAGCAGAACGAGACAGGCGGACGAAAGGUAUCGACGGUCGGUCUAGACAACAUCAGCUAUCUCAGCAACGAUGAGGACGCGUCAAGCCAGACGCAGUCGGCAGGGAGGAGAGAGGACUAUUGCAACGUCCUCGGCUACUCGACAAUGCAGGGAUCAACCAUCGGUGGUGACCGCUCACCAUGGCAAUUUGAAGGAUUACGGGACAGGAACUUGCAAAGACUUCUCAGACGAUACCCCCAUGGGAAAAUAUUUAAUUUCGACGCAGACGGGAGUGUGAUACAGACAGCACCGCCUUCCGACAACAAAGCUGCCAAACCUGGGCAUCCACCGAGACGGCCCGCCUCGCCUACGCGACAGUGGUCUCGGGAUAGCCAGGAUCCAGAGGACAUCCAUCUAGAUGCCGAUUCUGCGCAGAGGAAGACAAACACACCACUGAAACGUUGGGAUCCCGCGCAAGCGGUCGUGAACCUUUUCCCUGGUGCAAGGAGUGUUGUAUUGAUCCCUCUCUGGGAUGGACAGAAGAAACGUUGGUCUGCAGGGGGCUUUAUCUGGACAAGGAACCCCACGCGCGUCUUCACAACUGACGGUACAGUCACCUUCCUCCGUGUGUUUGGUCUGAGUGUGAUGGCCGAGCUCUACCGGUUGAAUACGAAAGCGGAGGAGACUAUCAAGAGCAACAUUCUGGGCUCCAUCUCUCACGAGUUGAGGAGUCCGCUACACGGCCUGGUGGGCGCGGUGGAGUUGCUACACGACUCGAAGCUAGACAGCGUGCAGCAGAACGUGCUGAAUAUCAUCGAGACGUCGGGAAAGACCCUGGUCGAUACCAUCAACCACUUGCUGGACUACAGUAAGAUUAAUAGUUUCAUCGAAAACGACAGGGCGGAUCAGAAAGACAGCGUGCUAGGCAAGGUGAACGCGGACCCGGGGGAGCGCUCUGAGCAGGGCAAGACAAGGUCCCAGACUCUGCCGGUCGAGCUGGACUGUCUCGUUGAGGAGGUUGUCGAGAGCGUGCUAGCGGGCUACAGCCACGAGAGAAUGUCUGCGCAGCGCUCACUCCGCGACGACCUGGAUUACACUAAGUACAGGGACGCAGUGGCUCAACGGACGGUCUCAGGGCACCCUGACUCACUCCAAGAACGCGUGCAAAUAUUCCUCGACAUCGAGCGGUCGACUUCUUGGAGAUUCAAUACCCACCCAGGGGCGUUCCGGAGGAUCGUGAUGAACUUGUUCGGGAAUUCCCUCAAAUUUACUAGGUCUGGGUUCAUCAAGGUGAGCCUCACGCAGGAACCCGCCAAGCCGUACCAACACAACGUCGGGGCCACGAUACUGCUCACAGUCUCCGACUCGGGCAAAGGCAUUAGCGAAGACUACAUUCAGAACCACCUUUUCACGCCCUUCUGCCAGGAAGAUAAUUUCGCCCCAGGGACGGGCUUGGGGCUCAGUCUAGUGAGGCAAAUAACUGUCAAUUUAGGAGGCGAGAUCAAAGUCGCAAGCCAAGUUGGACGAGGCACGACCAUCACUGUAUCGCUGCCGUUACCAUUCACAGGAGAUGCCCCAGUACCUGGAGACCCGACAGGGUUCGGAGAGGCUGUGCAGACCCUAAGAGGCCGUAAAGUCCUGCUGCGAGGUUUCGACGGGCCCGACUUUGACGAAAGCCGGCUUAUUUCUAGCGGCCAGCAGGACAUCGGAAAGCUAGUAGAGUCCCAGGCUCACUUCCUCGAGAGCACAUGCCGCGACUGGCUGUCCAUGGAGGUACUCGGCAGCAAGUCGCCCAGCCAGCCUGACCUCAUCAUUCACCACGACUCCAACGUCUCCUUCAGCGACGGCGAGAGGAUCGCAGGCGAGUCCGAGUGCCCCGUCUUCUUCGUGUGCGAGGCCACUGUGGCCACCCGCAACUUCUCACACAACCUGCCCGACGCCGCCAGCCGCAUCCGCACCUUCGAGUUCUUCGCGCCGCCAUUCGGCCCCCGCAAGCUCGCCAGAGCGCUCGUGCACCUCCUCGGCAUGUGGAAGACGAAGCAGGAGCAGGCGGCCCAGCAGCUGAUGCCGCAUCACACGACAUCCGUCGACGUCCUGCCCACGUCCGCGACAAAGGGCACGCAGGUCACGCUCGUGAGCAGGGACACGGUCGUCCCCGAGCGCAAGGCGCAUCAAGGCCACGACGUCACGGUUGUCACUUCGACGCGCGCGACCGUGGUGGCGAACACGGCGCCGCGAUCGUCGGCCGAGAUGGAUCCUACGCCUUUGCCGACGCCGCCCGAGGAGUCAACCCUCGGUGGCGAUGUGCCCGCCAUGACGCCGGUCGUGGAGAGGACGGACCCCAUGGAAAUUGUGGGAAAGCCACCGUCCGUGCUGAUAGUCGACGACAACGCUAUCAAUCUGAAGAUCCUCUCAGCGUACAUGAAGAAGCUGAAGCGUCCUUACGUGACGGCCAUCAACGGCCUCGAGUCGUCCGAGAUGUACGCCCACUGCCCGUCCGACUACUGCUGCAUCCUCACGGACAUAUCGAUGCCGAUCAUGGACGGCCUGGAGUCGGCGCGCCGGAUCCGCCAGCACGAGCGGGCGAACCGGCUCGAGCAGACGCCCAUCAUAGCUUUAACGGGCCUGGCGGGGGCGGGCAUCCAGCAGGACGCGGUUGCUAGCGGGGUGGAUAUGUUCUUGACGAGGCCAGUGACGCUGAAGCGGUUGGUGGAGGCGUUGGAAUCGGUGGGGCUGGACUGUAAGGUCUUGUAG